GUCGCGUCGGAGGGCGGUGGGGGUGUCGGCGGCCGCCAGGGACACUCGGGGACCGCGCAGGCUGCGGGCGGCAGCGAGGGAAGGGGAGCAGCAGGGCGAGGGGUGGCUCGGCUGGGUAGCGCUGCUGCUGCCGCCGCGGUGGAUGUUUCCAUGUUGUUCGGUGCAUGAUUUAGAGGAGAGGAGGAGUUGGCAGCGGCGGGUGUCAGCGGCAGGGAGCGGGGAUCCGCGCCGCCAGCGGCCCUGCCUUUCUUCUCGCCUUUCUGUGGCAUCGAGGCUGCCCUGCCUGCGCGGCUGCCCUGCGGCGGCCCCCGGGCUCUCGCAGAGCGCCUGUGCCCCCCGGGGCCGGAGCGGCGGCGGGGUGCGAGUGUGCGUGCGGGUUUAGGGGGGGUGGGGGCUGUGUCUGAACCAGUUAGGAAGAAUGACUCUGGAGUCCAUCAUGGCGUGCUGCCUGAGCGAGGAAGCCAAGGAAGCCCGGCGGAUCAACGACGAGAUCGAGCGGCAGCUGCGCCGGGACAAGCGGGACGCCCGCCGUGAGCUGAAGCUGCUGCUGCUGGGCACAGGAGAGAGUGGCAAAAGCACAUUUAUCAAGCAGAUGAGAAUCAUUCAUGGAUCAGGUUACUCUGAUGAAGACAAAAGGGGCUUUACAAAACUGGUGUACCAGAAUAUAUUUACAGCAAUGCAGGCCAUGAUCAAGGCCAUGGAUACCCUCAAAAUCCCAUACAAGUGUGAAAAUAACAAGGUUCAUGCACUGUUAGUUCGAGAAGUUGAUGUAGAGAAGGUGUCGAGUUUUGAGAACCCUUAUGUAGAUGCAAUAAGAAGUUUGUGGAAUGACCCUGGAAUUCAGGAGUGUUACGAUAGACGACGGGAAUACCAAUUAUCAGAUUCAACUAAAUACUAUCUUAAUGACUUGGACCGCAUAGCAGAUUCCACCUAUCUGCCAACCCAGCAGGAUGUGCUCAGAGUUCGAGUCCCAACAACAGGAAUCAUUGAAUAUCCAUUUGACUUACAAAGUGUCAUUUUCAGAAUGGUGGAUGUAGGAGGCCAGCGAUCAGAAAGAAGAAAAUGGAUACAUUGCUUUGAAAAUGUCACAUCCAUCAUGUUCCUAGUAGCUCUUAGUGAAUAUGAUCAAGUGCUUGUGGAGUCAGAUAAUGAGAAUCGAAUGGAAGAAAGCAAAGCACUCUUUAGGACAAUUAUCACAUAUCCAUGGUUCCAGAACUCUUCAGUUAUUCUGUUCUUAAAUAAAAAAGAUCUAUUAGAGGAGAAAAUUAUGUACUCCCAUCUAGUUGAUUAUUUUCCAGAGUAUGAUGGACCACAGCGGGAUGCACAGGCAGCACGAGAGUUCAUCCUGAAGAUGUUCGUAGACCUGAAUCCAGACAGUGACAAAAUUAUCUACUCUCACUUCACAUGUGCUACAGACACAGAGAACAUCCGCUUUGUCUUUGCUGCUGUCAAGGACACAAUCCUACAGUUAAACCUAAAGGAGUACAACCUGGUCUAACUGUACCUGAGGCGUCCUCUGAAACCAACUUCCCAUGAUUGAAGAUACACAAGAGGGACUGUAUUAUAAUCUGUGAAAACAAUUUGCAUAGUACUAAUUUAUUGCCGGCCUGGACUCUGUGAACAUCCACAGAGUUUGUAGUUAAUAUUAUGAUUUUAUUUAAACUGUAUGGAGGAAAACCAAAAGAUGCUGAAGUACAUUCACAGCACAUUUCCUCAUUUUUUUAGGCAAAACCUUGUGACGCAAUGUGUUUCAAAUUUGCAGUCGUACAUUUACAAAGAAUAGCAGUUUUUUGCUAUUGAAGCAAAAUCGAGCUGGUUUCCUCUUUCCCUAACCCUUUCUCUCCCCCUCCUUUCCUACUCCCCUUAUCUUUUAAAAGGUACAAUGGCCUUUUUUUUCCCCAGUUGCAUUCCUGGGUGAAAUAUUUGCUGUUGAGAGAUUUGGUCAGGAAAAUACUAUCAUCACAGUUUAAGUCAUCAGUCAUUCUAAUUUUACAGUAUGUACUUUCUUUGAAGGAUCAAAAAGUAUUGAUACUGUGAUUUUUAAAUUCUUUACAUGGGUGUCUUCAUUCUGUCUUCACUUCUGAGACUAGAAUAUUGGAAUUGCAAAACAGAAUUACAGUUGUCUGAGGAUAAUAAAUUUAACCAUAGUUUUACAGUUAAGGAAGGUGCACAGAAGACAGUAAUGAAGUAAUUAAGACACAAUCUGGGAUGUACAUGGAAUAUAUUAGAAUCUCUUUUUAAUUGCCAUGUGCCAUUUUUUUUCUCUCUUCUUUUAUUCACAAAUGCCAAAUAGAAAAGUCAGACACUACAUUUUCCCCGGUGGCUACAGCCUGAAACAGUGUUUUUCUCACUUGUGUGGGGUGUUUUUUCUUAAGUUAGAGCUUUUUUAAGUAUUCUUUUUCCACAGUCGAAAAAUUGUUUUUAUUGUACAAAAUUCAUGUUGCCAAAUCUGGCUUAUUAUAAAACCAAUGCGCUUGAAACAUAAGAUAUUGAAAUGCCAAAUGGAUGGGUUGGGAACUGACCUGACUGAGUCAACUGCCAAAUGAUUGACACACACAGUUUCAGUUCAUAUGUUCCCUCUUUUAGAAAGUGUACCAUUUUCUAAUGCCAAAACCAACAUGUAAGUGAAUAUUCUAUGAGGUGUACCAUGGACCCUCAUGUAGUCAUGUAGACAGUUUAGAUCUCUCAUUUUGUCAGAGAUUAUGACAUGAGCUUGUUUUCUGUAAUAAAGUCAAGGCACCUUUAGUUGUAUCACAAGAAGUUAUCGAUGAGACAUCAUGUUCAGGAACCUUUUUUGAUAAGGUUGAUCGUUAAUUGAUUCACAGGCAUUUGAUAGGCUUUCAUGCAAAAUAGCCUCUCUCAAUGUUCUUUAGAAGAGUUUUAUAAAUGUAAAUGAAGCAGUGAGAAAAUCAUUCUUGAAAUUUAAAUGUGCAAUUUUUUAACAACAAAAAUGCAGCACACGUUGAUGAGCCUUUAUUCUGCAGCUUAGGUUGAAAGGUGUUUUUUGACCCAGGUGCAUGAUUGCUAGCAAGAAAACUCAAGACUUCAGACAUGUAAUUGGAUUGAUUAUCUAUAAUGCCGACUAGAGUUGGCACUAGAGUGCACUUAACACAAAAAUGGCUGCCACGUAGCAGCAGAUGGGAGGUGGAAAAAAGAAUGGCUUAUUAGUUGAUUACCAAAGUUAACAAUAAAUACUAAUGAGACGUUUUUCAUCCUUAACCCUCCCAAAUGCAAAAGAACAAUAAUAAGAACAGUUGCUAUUUUUUGCUCCCUCUUAAAACACCUCGUAAUUUAAAACUGGUUGUAGGUAUAGUGCAAUUAUGAAUGCUAUAAUCAUUGUACAUACAUAUAUAUAUAUAUAUAUAUGGCAGUAUCCAUAUUGGCUUUGUAAUCAUUAAUUUUUGGCAAAUUGAAUGUGCUGUAUUGAUAUGUAUCUAUGUAAUUGUAUGUCUUAUAGCUAAUUCACAUUUUAAAUAAUGUUAUUUUAUUUACUUUUUUAAGAGAGAAGAAUGUAAAUUUUGUCAGUUUAUUUCUGACUAGGGAUUUGUUGUUGUUUUUAUUUACAAAACAAAAUACUAUAGUACAGAGCGGUACUAGCAUCGUGCUGUAUAAAAUCAUUUGCACAUUCCUGAGUAGAAGUAAAUUGGAGAUACCAAGACAGAGAUGAUUUACAUUCAAAACAGUGCUCAAAUCUUGUCAGGGCUUUAUACAGCUGUAGAAGACCAUCCUAUUAGAAGAACUUAGACCAUUUUAUCUCAUAUUGGAGCAUAAGCUUUAAAUAUAAAUUUAAUUUUUGACUGAUUUGCAUUAGGUUACUUUUACUUUUCUAACAGUCUUUAUUGGAAAAGUAAAUUCAGAGAUAUUUCAAACCAUUGUACAUAAGUACUAAUGUAUACAUGCUGUUGCCCUAAAAAUACCAUGGUAAAAUGCAAAACAUCAGAUCAAUCAAUCAGUCUUUCAGAAACUGCGGAAACCUUAGGUAUAAAAACAACAACCAAAAAGUCACUAUUGUUAAUGAUUUUAAGGAGUUAAAGUGUUUUAUUUAAUGAAGCUAAAGCAGGUAGAUUUAGAUUAUAAAAAGUGACACUGACAUUCUGAAUAGGGGAUCAGAGCAGUGACUCUUUGUUACAUACAGCUUAACAAAAUUGGUCCUGAUCAUGCUGUAAAUGGAACAGAGCUUCUGUUUUCACAGUUCCGCUGUUGAUACUAUCUCUUUUUUUAACCUGGGAAUACCUUGCCCACACUGGAUUCAGUGCUAGAAAUGGAACUGUAGCCAAAAAAGGAAGAAAAAAAAAAGAAAAAAAAAAAAAGAAAAGAGGGGAAAAAAAAAGAAAAACACAACGAAACAAAAAGCCACACUAGACAGUGAUGUCUAACAAAAGUUUUGGGGUUUUUAAUUUGUUUUGGUUUUUUUUCUUACGGGAUAUUGGGAGGAGGGGGAGAAGGAAAUAUGGUUCCAAGUUUUGUAUAAAAACAAAACAAAAGUUUACUCAUGCUUUAUAGUUAUAUUGUGAUUGCAAAAGUUUUCAAGAGUGUGUGCCACUGGGCUAUUUUCUGGUAUUUUUAGGUGAGUUGAACCUGUGGCAAUGUUUAGAUCAUUUGAGCAUGUUCUGGAAAAAAAAAUAUUUGGCAUGCCAAGGCAAGCUUUAUAUGAAUCACCUAACACAGCAUUGCAGUAUGACAGUUUACAAAACAUUUUCUUUUUAAAUAACACAGCUGUUCCCACUUGUAGUAUAUUCCAUUGUGGUGGUGAUGGUGGUGUUGUUGCUGUUGUUUUAAUUGGUGGUUUCUACUAUGCCUUAUUAGUGCUUAAGUCCAGAAGUUUGUGCCUCUAACAUGAAGCUGAAGGCAAAAACAUCAAGACAGAAACCCUUUUAACUUUGCCAAAAUGAUGUGUUUUCUUUGAAUGUUAUAAAUGGGGGAGGAGGGAAGGAAAAUGUCUUGGGAACCUGUGUAUUCUAAAUGUUCACUAGCACAAGAAAGCUGUAAUACGUGUUUUACAGAAACCUGGAACUUGCCUUUUUCACAAAUGAACUGGCACUGUCCUUACAGAUGUAGGAUGAUGCAGCUAUAAGGGCAGUUUACUUUUUAUAAUUCAGUCUCUUUUGAUUGUCAAGGUGUAUGGACUGUACUUUUUAAUCAUACUGCUACAUGAUUGUGAAUCACUUUUUAAAGUUUGGAAAUGGAGAAGAGACUUUUAAUGCUGGAUAACAGUCAGAAUUGACUGCAUGAUUUGCAAAAACUCUAUAUGGGGGAAAAGGGCUGCAUAUAGAUACUGCUAGACUCCCAGCCUUGAGUUGUAAGGUGCAGAAGACUUUCAGAUUACUCAACUUCAUGACCCUUUCCUUGCUAAACAUUCUUCACAAAAGAAUGAAAUAUUAGGAGAAAACAAAGACAUGUUAACCCACAUGAAAGAAAUAAAGUAUAGACAUUUAAUUUAUUACAUGUGCUGCUAUUCUUGGAGCUCUGUGCAUAGUUAUCCUGCAGACUAUUACAUUAGUGAACUAAUGAAGUGUUCACAGCAUAUUAACAAGGCCUACACAUGACCUACCUCUAGUUAAAAGAUCAGUAAAGUAGAUAUGUUUUGGAGAGACUGACAUAAGUAAGUUAGAAAAUCUAGAUGUCCUGGUAUUAAAUUAACCAUGGUAUUUUAGAAAUAGACACUUUUGCAAAUACGGUCCCUCUUUUGACAUAAACCAUAAAUUUAAUAGACAUUAAACAACUAAAGCCUGUACAGCUUGUUAGUUUAAUAGAAAUCUUGCAAGAAAAAAAUUUUUAGUUUGAGAAGUGGAGCUACUGAUAAUUCCUCUGUUUUGCCUUUGGUUAUCUAUAGCAUUUUGAGUUCUAUCAGUUAAACAAGAAAUUUUUCUAUCUAGCCAAUACAUUGGGGUCACAAUGUAGAUGAUUAAUGAAUUUUACUGUAAGUAUGUCUUGAGCUUUUUCACAGUAGUCAUGCUGCAGGUAAGAAAGGAAUAGAGAUUUUGAAAAUAGAUUCAAAAAAUACAUCAAUUUUAAUGUAAAUCAGUUGCAGGGUUUUUUUCUCUCAAAAUACAGUUUAAGCUGAUUCCUCAUUUACCUUGCUACAGGAAAUCCUUAUCUGACCAGUUUUUAAUUUUUUUUCUUCUAAGGAAGGUGUGUCAGAUGCAUUUUUAAACUUAAGAGUAUUUAAAAAUAGCAUUUGCUGUUCUAAAGUGUCACUUGCAUGUAUUGUGUGUUGCUUGAGGGACAGAAAUAAUUUUUGAAAAACUAAUACUGUACAGUUACUGCCCCUCAGAAAUGUUGCUGGUUAAAAAUACAGUAUUUUUGGCCACAUCUUCGUACUAUAGCAUCUUCAUUCCUUGUAAUUUAGUUUUUCUGAAAUAUUUGGGCUUAUUGUUUCCCCCAAAAUGCUGCUUAUUAUUGUAAAUGUUGGAUAAAUGUAUUACUCCAAAAUUACUUUCUAAUUAUACAUGCUCCAUCAUCAUUGUCUAAAUACUAAAAUUUCCAGAAUAUCUUUAUUACAGCCAGAUAUUCAAAAAAUUUAGGGUUUGUUACAGUGGAGAUGGUUGGUAAUUUGACAGUAUUAUAAAAGGUUUGGAGUUUUUGGCUUGUCUGAAGUGGAAACUCAUAAGCAUGGGAGAAAAGUAAAAUGUAUGCCUAAGGAAAAGGAAACUCAGACUUUGCAGACAGUGAGGCAAAUUUCUUAAGGAUUUUGGAUGAUUGCAGUAGUACUGCAAGGGCAGUGUGUUUCUUAGAUCUUUUUGUUCACCUGUGUCAUGAUAGGAGUAACAGCAAGAGGCCUAUGUGCUACUUUGCAGGAGUUUGAGUCAUACCUGGUCAACAAUCAGUAGAUCUCAGAUCUUCAUUACUGAAGAAAAAGUAUUUCAGGCAAGUUGCAAAAAUCAGUUUGGUCUCUUUUAAGUAAACAAAACAGUUUAAGUAAGAUUCCUGGAGUGCAAACAGUUUGCCUAAGCAAGGACUAGAGUCAAUGGUUCCUCAUUUUUCUUUCCAGUUGCAGAAUGUAUGGGAGAAGGAUCAGUCAGUGGGGAAGGAUUUAUUUUAUGUCUGUGUCUCUGUGAAGAUAAUGUCAACAAAAUACAGUGUCAGUUGUGACUUUUAGAUACGUGAAAUAGAUGUAGAAACUGUAACUGUGUGAUAAGUUGUGCAUACUUGUGAUUAAAACCUUUCCUCAGACACUACGAUCAUCUCACCCAAUUACCAAGCACUUCGUAGGAUACUGUCCCAACCACGUAGGAAUUCCAGAAUGUUUAUAAACUGCCACAAAAUACACAAUUGCCUCAGGAGCACACCUGGUAUCAGUAUCUGAGAUGAAGGCACCAGACCCCCUCUCACAGCUCAUUACUACCAAAAGGAUCUACCCUCCAAGACGACCUCUGAUCCUGGUUUUCAUCUGCUGGGAGCUUUCCCUCUCUCUUGGGUCAGCCCUGCUGCUUUGCCAAUGAACUGGGUGGAAAAAAAAAAAAAAAACCACCUUAUUUUUGCUCUUCUUGCUUGGCUGCUUUAUUAGUCUAAUUUUCAGGGAUUUCAGCCAAUUUGGCUGAACAAUGGUUCCAACAAGUGGUAAGCUGACCAAGCGGAAGAGGUAGAAUUUUGUUGCCAAGAGGCUUAGAAAUGAGGAAAAAAGGGAGUAACACUUUCCUCCCUGUAAAACCUAGUCCUGGUGCUGUAGUAUCUAAACCCUUUAUGCACUUCGUGGGCUAUUAGCUAUUCUCGCUUGGAAGUGUUGCACUUUUCACUUUGAAAGGUCUUGAUUGCAUACUUAUUCUGAAAAAAAAAGAAAUUACAGAACAAGGAAAACUCUCUCUUGCUCCCCUUUAAGAAGCACGAGUUUCUGUGUACAUGGACUAAAUGCAACUGUAGUCAGACAGCUACCAACAAGUCAAACUUAGUGUUAAGGGUGGAAAAAUACAAGAAUUGGGCUUUUAUUCAUUUCAUCAAAAAAAACCUCAAAACAAAAACCCAAACAAAGCAAAAUUAGUUCUUUUCCAGUAAAAUCUAAAAAAAAAAAAAAAAUGUUUUCUAUCUUAUUUAAAAUGCUUUGUUGCUGGGCAUGACAUCCAAGGUUCAUUGUGUCCUUGUGCAAGGCACUCCUUUCUCCAUUCACAGUCAUCUAUCACACCCAUUAAUUGCUUCCUGCCAUCUGAAGAAAAUACAGUAUUGCUUUAUAUAUGUGCACUCUGAAAUACUUUCUGAUCCUUGUGAAUUAAAUGUAAAUUGGUCUGGUAAAAUUCAACAACUGAUGAUGUGUAGUACAGCUGAAGAGGAACGCACUUUCUGCUUAAUCUUGUUUCUUGUUCCUCCUGCCAUUUUGUUCUGAUUAUUUUUUGGUAUCUUUCCUUUAUCCUGUUUGCCACAAAGAGAAAGUUUCUUGACAUACCAGAUUCAAUUCUGGUAGUCAUUACAGAAUUGAUCAUACUGGCUGCAUUAAAGACAAACUGUGAAUAAGAACAGCUUCAGAAGGUUUCUGUAAUCAGGGGCAGAUCCAAUUAGCCUUUUGGACAGGCAUUUCAGAAAACAAAACCGUAACAUUAUAGCUGGAAUACAGUCGAUUGAAGGAUGUAGUAGGCAAACAUGGGCCAAAUUAUGCCAUUUUAGCAUGUUAUUUCGCAUUGUCAAUAGAGAGCUGUUUUCUAUGAUGUUGCUGAAAAUUUGCCUUUUUUCCUGCAGUCCUGUAUGAGGUGGUUAAUGCAAGGAUCAGGCUGGCACUCAAGUGAAGGGAUGCAUUAAUGCGACAAUAAGUUCAAAUGUAUUCUUGCAGAGACUAUUGCGUAAGAUUACUUUUUAUGAUGCUAACAACAAAAAAAAAAAGAUUACUUGCAUGCAGUAAAUAUUUAAGAUAUUGCACUUUUAUACAUUUAUUAUAAAGAGGAAUCACUCUCUCCCUAAAAAUAAAAAUCCAUUUAUCUCA